UCGAGUCCCCUCCCUCCUCCUCCGCCUCCCAUAUAACCCCGCCGCACGGGAUAGGGCUUCCCCGUCUCGCCGCCGAUUCGCUGUUGCCUCUCGUCUCCGCCGCCCGUGCGAUUCCCGUGCCCGCGCCUCGUAGCCCCCGAGUCAGCAGCCUCUCGCCCUUAUCGCGGGAUUCGUGCCGAGUUAGGGUUAGGGUUUGUGCGGUCGCGGAGAGGAGGGUGUAGGAGAAGAAGAGGGGUCGGAGAUGGAGGAGGUGACGGAGGGAGUGAACAACCUGGCGAUUACGGAGCCGCACAAGAAGAACCGGAUCCAGGUCUCCAACACCAAGAAGCCGCUGUUCUUCUACGUCAACCUCGCCAAGAGGUACAUGCAGCAGCACGAGGAGGUGGAGCUCUCGGCCCUUGGCAUGGCCAUUGCUACGGUGGUGACUGUUGCUGAAAUUCUGAAAAAUAAUGGGCUUGCUGUUGAAAAGAAGAUCAUGACAUCCACAGUUGAUGUCAAGGAUGAUUCAAGGAGUCGCCCUAUUCAGAAGGCCAAGAUCGAAAUAGUGCUGGGCAAGACAGAGAAAUUUGAUGAGCUGAUGGCAGCAGCUGAUGAGGAGAGGGAAGCUGCCAAGGCUGCUGAGGAGCAGAGCUAAACAUCUAUUUUAAAUUUUGCUGUUGUAGUUUAAUUAGUGUCAUGCUAGCUGCUGCGUUUGAAUCUCUUGACUAACAAGAGAUAUGCUUCUUUGUUAUCAAUCAAGAGCUCUGCUCAUUGAUUAGCUCGGAUGUUAACUUGGUUGAUCUAUUGGUUGUUUGUUUCACUUUAAGUUGGGAUCGUUUUGAAUGGCAACUUGUUUGCUUAGCAUAUUUAUUGGUGUAUGCAAAAUAGUCGUGGUGGUGCCAUUUGUGGUUGGCUAUUGAAUCACCACUCGUGAAA